GCGGGGAGCGCAGCGCCCUCCUCGCCCGGGAGCGCGAGAGCGGCGGCGGCGGCGGCGGCGGCAGAAGGCGCCGCGGUGACCUCCCGCUUCGCCCGGGCAGCCGCAGGAGCGCGCGCAAUGGGCUCCCCGCAGGCUGCGCCGCUCGCGCACGUCUUCAAGGGGACCUUUGCGCACUCGGACAGCUCCUCGCCGAUGGUGCUGCUGCAAGGCCACCUGUUGGGGGUCCAGGAGAGCGGGCAGAUUGCGUUUUUGGAACCAGCCGAAGAACAAGACAAUCUGGCAAAGAAGUGGGGGUUCAAAUCAUCUGAUAUCCGAGAGCUCAGUAAUUAUGAAUUCUUCAUGCCAGGUUUGAUUGAUGCUCACAUCCACGCUCCUCAGUAUUCCUUUGCAGGAAUACAACUAGAACUGCCUCUUUUGGAGUGGUUGAAGAGAUACACAUUCCCAACAGAGGCCAAAUACAAAGACAUUGAUUUUGCUGAAGAGGUGUACACUAGAGCUGUGAGGCGAACACUCAAGAAUGGCACAACUACCGCCUGCUACUUUGCAACAAUUCACACAGAUGCCUCUUUGCUUCUUGCUGAUAUUAUAGAUAAAUUUGGCCAGCGGGCAUUUGUGGGCAAGGUUUGUAUGGAUCUCAACGAGAGUCUUCAAGAGUACAAGGAGAGCACCACAGAAUCUGUUGAGGAAACUGAAAGGUUUGUUAGAGGAGUAUUGGAAAAGAAAUAUCCAAGGGUGCAUCCCAUAGUAACACCUCGCUUUGGACCAUCCUGUACAGAGGAAUUACUUAGUAAACUUGGUAACUUGGCCAAGAAUCACAAUAUUCAUGUGCAGAGCCACAUAAGUGAGAGUGAAGGGGAAAUCAAACUUGUAGAAAACAUGUUUCCUUCAUAUCAAAAUUAUACAGAGUUGUAUGAUAAAAAUAAACUUCUUACAAACAAGACCAUAAUGGCUCAUGGCUGCUAUCUUUCUGAUGAAGAGCUGGACGUGUUUAAUCUCAGAGGAGCUGCCAUUGUGCAUUGCCCUAAUUCAAACAUAUCAUUGUCUAGUGGACUUUUAAAUGCAAAAAAGGUUCUGAAGCAUGAUGUGAAGCUCGGCCUUGGCACAGAUGUUGCUGGUGGCUAUUCAGCUUCCAUGCUCGAUGCAAUCAGAAAGGCAAUUAUGGUUUCUAACAUUCUUAAUAUUAAUAAAGAGGAUGAAACAGCCUUAACUCUGAAGGAGGCCUUCCGACUAGCAACCCUUGGGGGGAGCCAAGCUCUAGGACUAGAUACUGUGACUGGAAACUUUGAGGUUGGCAAGGAAUUCGAUGCACUGCUUAUCAACACAAAAGCUUCUGACAGCCCUUUUGAUGUGUUUGCUUCUGACACCCCUGAGGAUCUUACCCAGAAAUUCCUGUAUUUGGGUGAUGACAGAAAUAUCGAAGAGGUUUAUGUGGCUGGCAAACUGGUGGUUCCCUUUUCAAGUUCUGUAUAAGAUUAGAGCCCCUUUCUGCAAAAUGCGCUGCUGGUAUCUCUAUAGCUUGGAAGAAGUGGGUGAAAAUGCGGUGCCUUGUUGUGAUGCCAUGCUCACGUUGUCUAUUAUGUGCCGGAUUUACACAGAAAUUUGGUAGCUCUCAUCAGAUACACACAACAAAUAUCAUGCCAAAAAUGUGUCCCAUUUGUAUGACCGAGAAGGAAAGAGGUCACAGUAUCUAAAGAAUAAAUUUUACUGUGGAAUGAGCCCCCGACACACAUAGGGGAAAAUGCAUUUGCUCUUUUGAGCUAUAUUUCUAGAACACUGAUGCUACAUUUUUAUCUGACAGCAUUUGUGGGAUGUAUAUAGGAUCUCACUGGAUAUGCUGAGGAUCUCACUGACUGAGAUCCAAAAGACUCCUGGACUGGCGUACUGGUCUGGUGUUUCCUCCACCCAUCUACUUCUCUUUUCCAUGGACAUGACAUGCCACUUCAGAGAGUUCUUCAAUCCCCAGACAUGAUUUGGGGCACAUGGGGGUGCACAAUAAAGAUGGCUGGAAAUGCAUCUUUGGAGCCUGGUCCCUAUUGAUAAAUGCUGCUUGUGCAAAGCAAAGCAAAGCAGAAUCGCUAACAAAUCCUAAACCUCUGGGUUUCAUCCCUGAAGAUGACAGGAACGGCUCAGGAAUAACUGGGCAGGGGUGCAUAAGAGGGGGAUAGGCCAGGGAAAACUGGGUACAGGUGCGAUUUUACCCCAGUUGUGUUCAGUAUUAAGAUCACAUUCUGCUGUCCUGCUUCCUUCUGCUAAGUACUACUAGAUGUUUGUGACUAUAAGUAUUUCCAUUGCUCUUGUGGGGCGAACAUUUGCGCACAUAGCCACUGCACAAUUGCCAAAUUGCUGCCAAUUUAACAACCUGUCACAUUCUAACCUAGGUCCAUACAUUUAGGCUGGUCUUAAUAUUAGCAGCUUGCCUCUGGCCACAUAUUUUAGUUAUCAGAUGAUCACGUUUUUGCUACCCCAGAGGAAUCUUUACGCCUUAGUCAUCAAAAACUCUUGUCCUUUUUCUUCUGUGUGAAAUGUGAAUACACACUUUACAGCCUGAGAGAACCAGUUGUGAGCAACUGUAUAACUGUUUGGUCUGCUUGGGUUUGUUGCCUUAAACAGGCGUGCAUUUAGAUGCACACAGUUUCAGAGGGUACUACAAGACUGCACUGGAAAAGUUCACCUGCCUUAUCCUAAUGCUACAGCUGCUCACCAUUUCAUUUUGCCUUUGCAAAUACAUCCCCCAGUGAAGAUUUUGCUCUCUACAGAGGUUUAAAUGCUUAUGUUCUUGGAUUCCGAUCCACAGAGGGAGCGGAGAGAGGGAGAUCUGGCUGCUUGGAAAUUGCAGGUGGGAAAAGGAUGCAAGCUGCUGCAUCUUGUUUCCAGAUGACCGUCUAGAAAUAGUUUUUCCCAUUUUUGUGAGCCAGGGGAUGCUGGUGCUGCAUUUGCAGGUAACAUUUAAUUUGGGUGUAUGAACAACGCUUUAGGAAACACACAAUGUGCGAACUGAUGCAGUUUGCCCUUGCCAGCUUAUUCUGAUGAGACCCCUAUUUCUUUGGAAGGCAAGGAUCAUGUUUCAUCCAAUGGCAAGAGAAAGAAAUCCACUUACCAUCCAAUUAAAACUGUGAAACAUACUUUUGGGGACCACUGUAUUUUAGAAUAAAAACUCCCUGUCAGUCCCUGCCUCAAGUAUUAUCGGCUCCCUUUCCAGCAGCAAAUGUUGGAAACUCCAACUGUAAUAUGGGUGUUUAGAUUAGGCAGAGGCCUCUUCAAGCAGGCCGAGGUCCAAUUCUCUCCCUCACCCCUUGGACUGCACACUUGCCAUGGUGGUUGUAGGGAAAGGAAAGAAAAGGAGCAUGAAAGUCAACUAAACUUAUCUUUAGUAAGCCUCCAAAGCCUUUCCAGAGGCUUACUAAGGACAAACUUUGCUUGAAAACAAGCUACAGUUGCCUGUAGUAAGCUUUCACCAGCGUUUAUGUACCAUUUUUACUUCUUUUACCUUGUUUUGAUGGCAGAGGAAACAGGGACAUUGCUGGAGGUGCUAGACAGCGCAUGUGGCCCCCCCACCCAUGCAUUGUCCCCCCUCCCCCAAGUUCGGAUGACCUCCCACUGUCCCUAAAUUGUGAAUGGGGAGCAGCUCCUCACAUUCCCCGCCAUUUUCAUUGUGUGGAAGUUUCAUACCGGAUGGGUUGUGUCAUUUCUGUCCUUGCUUCUGUUCUCCAUGUGUAUGCGAUUUAGAUAAAAAAGAGGAAAUAGAGCUUAUUGGGGUGUUAAAUGUUCAAAUGUGCACUUUGUGGAAACAAGCACUUUCUUUUUAAUUACAAAUCGAAUUGAUUUAAAUUCCUAAGCCUCGACUUCAUCUUAUGGUGCCACUUGUUAACCUUCUGUUUGAAGAUGCUAAUGAAACUGAGCAUAGCCUGUCUUUUGUGCAGUCACUGAAAUGAUUCCCGUGCGGCCAGCAGGACUCUGUGCUUCAGAACGUUGCCUUGGCCUAGUGUUCUUGUUGUGAGAUAUUGCAGACUGAUUGCUCGGUGAACCAAGGACAGGGGCUUCUCUCUAUUUCCUUAUCUCAAAUUCUUUUUUAGCCUAUAUAUAUUUUUUGCUGUAACAAAGAACAAAGCAAAAAUCAAAGUACUCUGCCCUGAAAGAGCUUGCACCUUGCAAGAGUGUUUGCACCAAAAAUGUGGAGCUCUUAUUUUGUAAAAACCAUCUAAAGGUGCAAUCCUAGGCAUUUUUAGACAGAGAAAAUUCCUAGAACUCCCAGCAGGGCUGGCUGGGGCAUGCUGGAAAUUGAAGGCCUUUUCUCUGUCUAAAGGUACACAGGAUUGCAUGCUAAAUCCUCAACAGAAAUGAAUGAAGGGUUGGUGUGAUGACCCAAACUCAGCAGCUUCGUAUUUGCUCAGGACCACAAAAUUCAGGUUUGCAUCAAGAUGCUGGGGUGUGCCUGGUUCUCACAUCAAGCCCAGAGACACUCCAUUCCUAUGUUCUUUAUUGUGACAUUUCUACCCAGAAUUGGAGGGUGUUGUGAGAGCAACAACCCCAGCUUGCAACUUAGAACUAACCAUGUGUUAUGAAUGUGGGUACUUUGCCUGCCUACUGGUUCCAGGUUCAAAACCAUGAUGACCCCAGGGAUGGCAUGAGCCGGUGUGGUUGGCAGCCAGUUUUCUCUUUCUUGUUUACCCAGGCAUUGCUUGCAAAUGAGGCCAGAUAAUUUGCAAGCCACAGUUCUGUUCUGUUUUGUUAUUUUCAUGCUAGCACUUUGUUUGGAAGAAGAGAGUAAUGUUUUUAUUAUUAUUAUAUUUGCUGAUAAGGAUUUGCAAUACUGAUGUUGUGCUGUGCAGUUACCUCCUCAUAUAUGUUGGUUUCUACCAUGAAGGAAAGUCAUGUAACCAACAUUACACCAGUUUGCCCAGUCUUUCCUGUCAUCAGGGCAUUUACCUAGCUUUGAAGUCAUUUUUUUAAAGACCCUGAAAUAUGCUAUCACUUUAACUUUGUAUCCAUUUAAAUGAAUGGUGUGUGGACAGCAGCUGUUCUAUUCGUACCACUCAUAAAUUUUGCAGCCUACUGGAACGUUUGUGAUGCUGGUUUUAUGUGAACUGUACUUGCGGAGGAGCAAAAGCCCUCUCGCUUUGACAUGGACUGGAUUCAGUGCUGCUGUGCUCUAAUCUCAUUUUGUGGAAAGACAAAUCUGAUUUUUGAAGAAAAUAUCUUCAAAUAACCUUGCCAGGUCUUUCAUCGCUUCUGAUUCCAUUCUUCAAGGAAAUACAUGCCUUUAGAAUAGUGAUUGUUACUCUGUGUUCUGACUGCUUUGUUGUCAGUUAUGCUAAAUGAGCACCGGUGUGCCAAUGUAACAAAAUAAAGGGCACAUGUUUACAUAAAUUAGCAUAUGACUUUUUUAAUGAAAAUCCGUAACACUGAUUGGUUCCAUGGAAGGAGGAAACAUUUCAGGGGUGAAUCGCUCCAGGUACCCCAAUGCCAUUUGUCUACAAAUUGGUGAAAUAAAGACUGACAUGUUGCACUUAAUAUGAAACCUGCAGCAAUGUCUCCCUCUUUAAUUAAUUACAGGUAUGGGGGGGGAGGGAAUGAGUCAUCCCUGAAAGGCCAUGUGCAGGGAAAACAAGGCUUAUAUCCUCUCUCCCCACUGCUCCUGCAACAA